UCUUCAGAACGCAACGUCAAUGUUCUUACUUUUUUACCAGUAAAAUUUCCCAUACUUUUUAUCUAGUAUUCUUUAGCAGUUUAGCCAAUAAACUUGCCUCAUAAACUUAAGGAGUGAGGAUGAUCGGUGCAUCCUUCCCAGCUCAGAAGAAAAGAAAAUAAUUCUUCCCUUUUCUUUUUAAUUUGUUUUUUUUAUAAAGGAAAAACCAGAGCUGGUUUUUAAUACAAAUAGCUGCAACUUGCCCUGCAUCAUAUGUUUUCAGCUUCUUUCCUUACAUAUAUAUAAACACACACACACACACAUAUAUAUAUAUAUAUUCAUAUAUUUAUAUACACACACAGAGCCACCAGGGGCUUAACAACAUAGAGAGAUAUGAAGAAGUGCGAUCUGUGUGACUCUGCAGCAAAAGUGUACUGCGAUUCCGAUCAAGCAAGCCUCUGCUGGGACUGCGACGUCAAGGUUCACGGUGCAAACUUUCUGGUGGCCAAGCAUUCAAGAACUCUGCUCUGCCAUGUCUGCCAAUCUCCGACCCGCUGGAUCGGCUCCGGUCUCAAGCUCUGCCCUACUGUUUCUGUUUGCGAGAGUUGUGUCAAUAAUAAUGAAGGAAAUCAUCACCAAGACGAAGACGAAGACGACGACGAUGAAGAAGGACAGGACGGUGCGGAAGAAGAUGAAGAAAACCAAGUUGUUCCAUGGUCGUGUAAGCCUCCUCCGCCUGUGUCUUCAACUUCUUCGAGCAGUAGGGAAGAACGAUUAAGUGAAAGCGUGAACAUUUCCAGAUCAAUAGCCAGAAGGGAACCCAGGUGACCAGAUUAAUUAACCAACUUCAUUUCCAUCGGUGCACACUGGGGAAUGAUUUCAGUUAUUUUUACAUUCUGUACUUCCAUUUCAACUUUCAACGCUCUCUUGAGAUUUUAAGUUUAUCAUUGUGUUUCCUCUUAAUUAUUCAAUUUAAUGGCAGAAAAAAUUUGGGAA